GAGAGGACAUUACGCGAAAUACGGUAGUAGUUGUAAGCAGAGCACGUGAGAAUUCUGUUUGUUUUGGUAUAUAUGGGUUUAUUUAUUAUUUAUUCAUGGAAAAAAAAUGAAGAUUAAGAGAACAGAAAGAGAAGAAGAGGAUUUCGAUGUGGAUCAGGAUGUUUUGGAUCGGAUUCUGAACAAGUUGUACGAUUUUGGAGAUGGACCAGACGACAAGCGAUCAAAGAAAAAACGUAAAAAGAGGAAACGGAUAAAGCAGGACGAAGAAGAGGAGGAGGACGUCACGGCGCAGGAAGAGGCUUUAGAUAGGACCGAUUAUGAAAACGGUGGCACGAAAGUGAGUGACAUGACCACCAACAGCGACUCUGAGACUUUAGAAAGCAACGCGCCGCGUGUCGAGAUCGUUACGUUUCAGGAUCCUUUGAAGAAGAAUAAAUUAAAACGGGCUGUCGAAGCAGAAACCAAAGUGGCUGAAGUGAAGGAGAAAAAGACAAAGGACCUGGAUGUUCUCAGCAUGGAAAAGGCUCGGCUAGACGUCCACCAGUUCGGCAUCAGGGGAUUCCAGAAGCACCAGCAAAGAGUUUUCGAGCAGGACAGAGCCAUCAUGCUGGGAGCCAGGCCUCCAAAGAAGGACUACAUCAAUUACAAAUUGUACCAGCAGAUGAUAAAGGAGAAAAAGUCCAAAGAAAAGGAGCAGGAGGCCAGUACGGAUGUGCAGAACAAAAAGAAGAAGAAGAAAACAUCUGGAAAGCAAAAGAAUGUGAAACGUAAAUCCGGUUCCUCCAGCGCGGAUCCGACAGGCCACGUGGGCCGCUUCAAGGACGGCAUGCUGGUCCUGAGCUCGAAAGAUAUUCAGAAGUUAAAUAGAAGAGUGAGAAAGUGACGGAGAGAGGGGUGAAUUUUGCUGCUUUAACAGGACUGAACCAAAUCUCCACCACUUUACCUGUAAUCGAAAUAUAUGAUGCGCAGUGGAUUAUGGGUAGAAGCAAGAAAUCUCACAAUGCUGGACAGAAACCCACUGAUAUUUCGUGUGUGUGUGUGAGGGAGAGACAUGAAUAAAAAUGAAAACCUGA